UGUAUAAAAGCCUGUUGCUUCGAGCAAGUAGCCAACAUUAUUGGUUUUGGGUUCAUCACAGUUUUUUCUAUUUCGCACUCUCGCUUUUGUUUCACAUUUUAAGUUCUUUCUUACCCGAAAAAAAAUUAAAAAAAUACACAAGUCGCAAAAUGGUUAAAUAUUUCGUUCUUUUCGCUUGUCUGGCCGUCGCUGCUGUCUCAGCUGCACCAGUCGAAGAACCAGUCGAACACGAAGUUGUUCCAAUUCUGAAGUCCGAGAUCAACAAGCAGGACAAUGGUGCAUACAAUUUGCACUACGAAGGUGGUGAUGGCACCAGCCGCAAGGAGGAAGCCAGCGUAGUCGAUGAGGGCACCGAAGAGGAAGCGCUCGAAAUUAAGGGCUCCUACAAAUACAUCAACUCUGAGGGUGAAGAAGUCGAGGUCUUCUAUACCGCUGGCAAAAAUGGUUUCGUUCCUUACGGUUCCAUCAUCAAUCCCGAGAUUUCAGCUGUAGCUGAAGCUGCUAAGGAUUUGCCCAAAGAAGAGGUUGAAGAGCCGAAAAGGAAAUCCGUCAGCGUCUAAGAAAAAUGCAAAAAAAAAAAUAAUAAUAAUGAUAACAAAUAUUAACAAAAAUGGCAUAUAAAAAUAUGGAAAAAUGUAAAGGGAGAAAGAAAGAGCGGGUGAUGGUUCUAUUAGUCAGUUAAGUGAUAAGAUAUGAGCGGCAAGAACAUGACACCUUUGGUUUAAGAAAUUCUUAGUAUAAAUUUAUGUUACAUUUACAUAUAAGUAUGAUCUGUAUACUAAAGCGAUGAGUUACGAGUAUAUACAUAUAUUUCUAAGCGUAGGUUAUGAGUAUGUCCCCAAAUUAUAUGUACAUCCAAGCAGCGACACCCGAAGUAAAUAUAAACUGAAAAAGAAA